AUGGCGAAUCUAUCAGUUUGCGACGCGGAGAAGAAAUCGAAAUCUCCCGGGUCUCCGAGCUGUCCGUCCCCGCUGCUGAUCGGCACGAACAUUUCGCUGGGUGUAGAGCCGCGUUUAUCGGCCUUCAAAUCGCUGGUGUCUCCCGCUAGUUGUGAGAGUCCGGUAAAACGAGAGCCUACUGCAGCUGAAGCAAGCAGAGGGAUACUAGACGGUGCCCUACCCCCAUCAUCACUCCACAGUCAUGCCAGUAGUUUUCAUGUGUAUUCUAAACUAUUAGACUCUGCCACAGCGGCAGUUGCUUCAAAUGCUGCAACACUGCGAUAUGGAGAACUUACGUCAGGCAUUUCAACUUUAAAUUGUAACAGAUCACCAACGUUAUCAUUUGGAUCGUCAAAUAGUCUAUUCAGUCGCCGAAGACGAAAGGAGACAAGACAGCGACGACAGAGGACAACCUUCACCAGUGACCAGACCCUCAAGCUUGAGAUGGAGUACCAUCGCACUGAGUACAUCACAAGGAUGAGGAGAGUAGAACUAGCAGAUCUUCUUAAUCUCACCGAGACGCAAAUCAAGAUAUGGUUCCAGAAUCGCCGAGCUAAAGACAAGAGGAUUGAGAAAGCACAACUCGACCAGCAAUACAGGAGUAUGGGUCUACCUGCGCCUGGAUGUACGUAUGCCGCCUCAUAUCCUGGAUUCUGUGGAGCCUGUUACUAUCCUUCGAACUCCAACAUUAAUCCCACCGCUGCCACCAUUGGAAGGCCAUACCAGCUUAGCCUCUGACAGAUAGGCAUAACGGACAGACCACAUGUUUAAAAUAAUUCGGACUCAAUGACGUUUCAAGCUCAGGCAUUAAUCCCACCGCUGCCACCACCAAAUAAUGAGCUCAGUGUGUGCUAGAUGGCACGCAGUCAUUCAGAUUGGCAUGAACCGUUGGGCCUGUUGCCAUUCCUUUAACUGCUCCUGAAUCAUCCCUACCCUACCACCACCGGGAGCGCACUAGUUCAAACCAGAGAAGAGAAGUUCACAUUCUGCCCCAUACAGGAGUCUCUGAAGCCUAUGAAGCUAUUAGUUUAAUCCCACCGCUGCCACCAUUUUUAUCAAUAAGUCUCUAAUGAUCUGACUGACAUGAACGCGAAUCAGGAACCUUCAGUUUAUUGUGAGUUUUUUUUUAUAAUGGCUAAACUUCGUAGCAAAUGAUUUCUCAAGAGUGUCAACCUUUUGGUCACCUGACCUGGCUUCCAUCCUUGCCACAUAAGAAGAGCUGAAACCAGGUCUAUUUUAACCUUGACAUUCUUAAAGGUUGUUCAGAGCGUAUCAUUAAACAGGAAGAGUAAGUCAAUGUACAAGAGGUGUCAACUUGGCUAACAGCACAAUGGUGUCUGUCAUUGUAAUAAUUAAAUUGAACAAAACAAACUACUGUCUCAGAACAUUUGCAAAACAAAAUGUGAUAGACUUUUCUCCAGAACAGUAGCAUGUUCAGAGGUUUGUGUGAUUAUGGUCUGUGUGUAUAAAUGUAAACAAUCUGUAGGUCUUUGAAUGUUUUUCGUUUUAGUUUCUCCGUUAAUAGUCAAAGCCUUUUGGAUCCACUAUAGUAUUCUGUACUUGGCCAACAGGGGGCGCACACAAUUUAUUUGGAUGGUUUGUCAAUUAAUUUGUAUCAUACUUACAGUGCAAUAUCGAUUAUUAAUCGAAGGAAAUGUACAAUAGACCAAUAAAUUAUAGAAUAGGCCUUAUUCGUUCAACAUUUUAAAACAGCAAAAAUGUAAAGCUAAGAGAUAAUACCACACGCGUUCAACAUUUGCAGUUGUUACUUAUUUUGGCACAAAUCAAAACUGUUCAGCAAAUUAUUCCACUGCAACAGACCGAAAAACAAGCGGGUCACCAUUCCAAUAACACAUUAUGCAGUGGUAUGUAGUUAGAUUUUGAGUAAGUAAGCAUUUUCUUGCUAAGCAACAAAUUUGUUUGAAUGUUGAGCAAAAGUCUGAUCUCUGCAUAGUUCAGAAAAAUUGAUAUUCACAAAAACCUUAACUCGUGUACCCUCUUGUGACUAAAUGUAAGGUUUAUUUAAU